AUGAAACAGUGGGUCCUCAGCGGAACUUGUGGGAUUGAUUCCCUACAGCUCCAAGAUGUUCCGAUCCCUGACCCAGGUGACUACGAGGUUCUAGUAAAGUUCCACGCAGCUUCACUCAAUUUCAGAGACAUCAUGAUUGCAAAUGGACAAUAUUAUAUCAAAACUAAGGACAGAGUAAUUCCAGGCUCUGAUGCUGCGGGUGAAAUUGUCAAAGUUGGCCCAAAGGUGACCAGAUUUUCUACUGGCCAGCGGGUGUCACCGAUCUUUCAUUUGACCCACCUAUAUGGUUCUGUGAAGGAUACGGACAUUCAAAAUCAGCUAGGCGGAACUUAUGACGGGGUAUUUUGCGAGUACGGUGUCUUCAACGAGCAUGGUUGCGUCGAAAUUCCGUCAACCUUGUCUUAUCGUGAAGCUGCAACUCUACCUUGUGCUGCACUCACAGCUUGGAAUGCCCUUUAUGGUGGCCCUAGAAAGUUGAAGCCGGGUGAUGUGGUUCUAACGCAAGGCAGCGGUGGUGUUAGCAUAUUUGCUCUACAGUUCGCGAAGCUCGGGGGCGCACAAGUCAUCUCGACAACUAGCAAUGCGGAAAAGGGUGCGAAGCUGCGAGAUCUAGGCGCAGAUGUGAUCAUAAAUUAUGCCGAGGAUAGUGAAUGGGGUCAGACGGCCAAGAGCCAAUCGCACCGAAAGAGAGGAGCUGAUUUUGUGGUCGAGAUUGCCAAUACCAUGGUCCAAUCUUCCCAGGCUGUUGCUAACAAUGGAUGCAUCGCGACCAUUGGGAGAAGAGGAGACUCUGAAAGAGGGGCUGGCAGCUCUCACAGCUCGGUGCUAGCGACUGUUCGAAGAAUUUUGGUGGGCAACAGGCAGCUUCAAGAGGAUAUGAAUGCUGCCAUCGAAGUAAGCCAUCUUAAGCCACAGAUUGACGGUCUUUCAUUCAAGUUCCAUGAACUCAAAGAGGCAUAUGAUUACUUCCAGCAGGGAAGCCACUUCGGUAAGGUGGUUGUGGACUUUGACUGA